AAACUGUACGUCCGUUUGUCCGGAGCGGAGGGGAGAGUGGGCGCCAUCUUCUAGGCUCACGGAGGGCUCCACCUGUUCUGGGGAGGUUGCUGCGACAAGAAGUGUCCCCCACCCCCGGCGUUGUGUGUCCGAGUCAGCUGCAGUGGUGUGUGUUUACUGCCAAGUGCGAAGCAGUUACCCUUGGGGCGUCGGGGGUGAGGAGGGGCUGGCGACGGGGACGGAAGGACAGGGAAAGGCGGGGCCGGCGGCUGCGCUAGCAGCUAGCGUAGCUUCUGCCGUUAGGGCACUCUCUUUCCUUGCUCUUUCCUUUCUAAACACCGACUCUCCCGUCAGCCUCCAUGUGGUGUUUUGUGUGCGCUUCCCAGUCUUCUUGAGUGAAGAUCUCGAAGGAUUUCAUAGGUAUAUUUUUCUUUGCUAUGUCAUCGUAGUCAGUGGUGGCAGAAAAGCGCUGAAGGCCCGGCUGGUUAGGCUUGAGAGGGGCCAAAGUGUUUCAGUUAGAUUUGAGGGCAGUUCCCCCUCUGACGAAUUAGCGUGGAAUGUGUGCCCUUGGGACGGCGUAACGGAAAGGCAUGGAGGUUGGGCGGUCUAGGUUAAUUUGAAGGCUGAAUUUGGCUGAAGGUCUGGCGACAGCAUCGGAUCUCACGUAGCAACUUUGGCCUGGCGCGAAAGAAGGAAGCUCUGAGCCCUGGGAGUGUGGACAAAGGCUUUGGGCUAUAGAAGCGCUGCCUUCGGAUGAUCCCCGUUUGAAAAUGAUGGAUGUGAUGGGAAAUCCUGUGCCAUGUGGAUUCGUCUUCGUUUACAGUUCCUGUUGGGGACUAUGGCUCUGUCUCGUCAUGCCUUUGAUUUUUAUUUUGACCAUCUACGUUUUAAAAGGAUGAAAGGCAGAUCAUCAUAAAGAAUAAUUGUGGACUGGGAUAGAUCAUUUUCUGUAGGGGAAACCCAUGCGUUUAUAAUUUGAAUGUGCUUCCUCAUAACAUUGGGUUUUAAGAAAUAGUCGCAGUUGUAUCUCCGUAACCAUGUCUAGAAAAUGACUUAAAAUCAAAUGGAUCUGAGAGAGUACCUAUUCAGGUUUAGCCUCCCUCGUGUUUCCUUCUCAAUCUUGUUUAGAAGGUGCACAUUUCAUAUUGUUUAGUGAUAAUGGUGAUCAAGUGGGAUGAAUCGUUGGAUAAAAUCAGCAAAAUUAUUUAAAAUGAGCUUAUUUAUUUCAGCGACUUGCCCUUAAAUGUGCUUUUAAGGACCCACUCCCUUUUCAUAGGUUAGAAGUUGUAACUGAUCACUGUCUUUAAAUCAACAGAGUCACGAAAAUACUUUUGUUGCCUUCCUAGGUAGAAAAAUUUUAAGUGGAGAGUACUUUUCCUGUGUUUUGAUUUGUGUGUAGUGUUCUUAGAAUUUGUGGGGAAUUUACUUAAGGAGAUAACAUGGGAACCACAGGAAAAGUGCUCAUUUUGAGAGCUGUUCUCUCUUGGUGAUCUCCUAGGUGUGUUAUUGUAAUGGGAAAAAUGGUACAUUAACAUACUCAAGGGCAAAAAAGUUUAAGUAUUAGUUAUAUUUAACUGGCAAAUUAGAAUAAUUUUUUUCUAUAGUCUGCUUGAAUUGGAAUUCAUGAGAUUUGAACUUAUGGAAUCACUUAGUUAAAAUAUUUUUAAGUUAGGGAGGAUAAAUUGCUAGAAAUUUUUUGACUUUUACUUAUAAUUAUUCCUUUGAAAGGUCCCUGACUUUUUUGGUAGAUAUGUUUGUGUUCUCAAGGUAAAUCCGUUUUAAAUUUUUUAAAAAGUUUAGGAGGGACAAAAUUAUGUGUAUCUUACACUGCUUUCUAAAAUAUUUUAAAAGUAGAAAAGGAACUAAGUUGAUUUGCGUAGGAAGGAGUCUUGGAACUGUAGUGUGGACAGCGAGUCCAGAAGUCAUUUAUAGUUUUUGGUAAAAUGUUGGUGUGGAUAUUGGUUUGUGGAAGAAACUAAGCUUAUACUCUUUUUUUUUUUGGUACCGUACAGAUUUUUUUUUUAAUUUUCUCUUUUUAGAGCAGUUUUUUCGGUUCAGAGCAAUAUUGAACAGAAGUUACAGAGAUUUGCCAUAUGCCCUCUGCCCUGACACAUGUGCUGUGCAGAUAUGUUAAUAGUAAACUUCAUUAAUAUUUUUAAUACCAAUUUGGCAUUGAUAAUUGAGAUGUAGACUAUUCCAAAUAAUUUCUCACCGUUUAGCUUGUAGUUUAGGACGUUUACGGACCCUUUUUAAAGGAAAAUAAACCUUGCAUACCUAAAGAAUAUGUUUGCAGACCCCACUUGUGGAAGAGUGGUACUUAAGUUUAAGUUGCUUUUACAGAAUUAACAGGUCUUCAAGAAAUUUUUAAAAAGGUCAUUAUUGCUGUGGUUUGAGCUCAGCAUGGCUGUAGUCAUCCGUUUACUGGGGCUUCCUUUUAUUGCGGGGCCUGUGGAUAUUCGUCACUUCUUCACGGGAUUGACUAUUCCUGAUGGAGGAGUGCAUAUAAUUGGAGGGGAAAUUGGGGAGGCUUUUAUUAUUUUUGCAACAGAUGAAGAUGCAAGACGUGCCAUAAGUCGUUCAGGAGGGUUUAUCAAGGAUUCAUCUGUAGAGCUCUUUCUUAGUAGUAAGGCAGAAAUGCAGAAGACUAUAGAAAUGAAAAGAACUGAUCGCAUAGGAAGAGAGCGACCAGGAUCUGGGGCAUCAGGGGUUGGCAGCUUCUCUGAUUUUGUUGAGGCUAUUAAAGAAGAAGAAAGUAAUUCUGGAUAUGGUUCUCCGAUUAAUCAAGGUGCUGGGUUUCAUACUAAUGGUACAGGACAUGGUGAUUUAAGGCCAAGAAAGACACGACCGUUGAAGGCCGAGAAUCCUUACUUGUUUCUACGAGGUUUGCCUUACUUAGUAAAUGAAGAUGACGUACGUGUCUUUUUCUCUGGUUUGUGUGUGGAUGGAGUAAUUUUCUUAAAACAUCAUGAUGGCCGAAAUAAUGGUGAUGCCAUAGUAAAAUUUGCUUCAUGUAUUGAUGCUUCAGGAGGUCUUAAAUGUCAUAGAAGUUUUAUGGGUUCAAGAUUUAUAGAAGUAAUGCAAGGCUCAGAACAACAGUGGAUUGAGUUUGGUGGUAAAGCAGUUAAGGAGAGUGACGUUCCUAUGAGAACUGAAAAACAUUCUCCACCAAGAGGAAUUAAUGAUAGACAUUUUCGAAAACGAUCUCAUUCAAAAUCUCCCAGAAGAACACGUUCUCGUUCCCCUCUUGGAUUUUAUGUUCACUUAAAAAAUCUGUCUCUAAGUAUUAACAAAAGAGAUUUAAGAAAUUUCUUUAGAGAUACUGAUCUGACUAAUGAACAGAUUAGGUUUUUAUAUAAAGAUGAAAGAAGAACAAGAUAUGCCUUUGUGAUGUUCAAGACUCUGAAAGACUAUAACACUGCUCUGGGUUUACAUAAGACUGUUUUACAGUAUCGUCCAGUUCAUAUUGAUCCAGUUUCUAGAAAACAAAUGCUGAAGUUCAUUGAAUGUUAUGAAAAGAAAAGACCAGUGUCAAUAGAGAAAGACAGACUUGGACAUGUUUCACAAAAAUACUCUCAAGGAGGCUAUUCUGGCCAGAAACUGUGCAUAUAUAUAAGAAAUUUUCCAUUUGAUGUUACAAAAGUUGAAGUGCAAAAGUUCUUUGCAGACUUUUCUCUUGCUGAGGAUGACAUUUACUUGCUUUAUGAUGACAAAGGAGUUGGUCUGGGAGAAGCAUUGGUGAAAUUCAAAUCAGAAGAACAGGCCAUGAAAGCUGAACGUUUGAACCGACGAAGAUUCUUGGGGACAGAGGUAUUGUUAAGACUUAUAUCUGAGGCACAAAUGCAGGAGUUUGGUGUAAAUUUUUCCUUGAUGUCCAGUGAGAGAAUGCAAGACCAUUCACAGUCAUGUGAGAGAGAUGAUCAUUCCCAUUCAUUUGAUUCAAAUGAUCCACCAGUAUACUUAGUUGGCCCUUCUGAAAACUUCAGGCAUCAGGAAGAGGACUUGAGGCAACUGGACAAUUUCAGACAUCCCCAGGGGGAUUUCCGACAGCCUGAUAGGCACCCUCCAGAAGACUUUAGGCAUUCCCCAGAGGACUUCAGGUGCUCCCCGGAAGACUUCAGGCACCCUCGCGAGGAGCACUUCAGGCAGCCUCCUGAGGAGGACUUCAGGUGCCCUUGGGAGGAGGACUUCAGAUACCCUCAGGAGGAGGACUGGAGGCGGCCACCUGAGGAGGAUUUCAGGCGGCCUCCCAAGGAGGACUUCAGGCGACUCCCUGAGGAGGACUGGAGGCGGCCCCCAGAGGGAGACUUCAGGCAACUACCUGAGGAUUGGAGGCGGCCUCCUGAGGGGGACUUCAGGCGGCUUCCCCCAGGGGAAUGGAGGAGACCACCUGAGGAGGAUUUCAGGUGGCCCCCUGAAGAGGAUUUCAGGCGACUUCCAGAGGGAGACUUCAGGCGACCUCCUGAGGAAGACUUCAGGUAUUCUCCUGAGGAGGAUUUCAGGCGUUCUCCUGAGGAGGACUUCAGGCGGCCACCCCAGGAACACCUCAGGCGGCCACCCCCGGAAUACCUCAAGCGGCCACCGCAGGAGCACUUCCGGCGGCCACCACAGGAGCACUUCCGGCGGCCAUCCCAGGAGCACUUCAGGCGGCCACCUCAGGAGCAUUUCAGGCGGCCACCCCAGGAGCACUUCAGGCGUCCCCGAGAGGAAGAUUUCAGGCACCUACCGAAUGAAGAUUUCAGGGGCCCUCCCGAUGAAGACUUUAGACACCCUCCUGAUGAGGACUUCAGGAGUCCCCCGGAGGAAGAUUUUAGGUGUCCUGAUGAGGACUUCAGGCGGCUCCCAGAGGAAGACUUCAGGGAAGGUCCAGAGGAGGACCCUAGACUUCCUGACAAUUUUAGACCUCCUGGUGAGGAUUUUAGGAGCCCACCUGAUCAUUUUAGAAGUCAUCGCCCUUUUGUGAAUUUUGGUCGCCCAGAGGGUGGCAAGUUUGAUUUUGCAAAGCGUAAUAUGGGAAGUUUUCCUGAGGGGAGGUUUAUGCCUGAUCCAAAAUUAAAUUGUAGUUCAGGUAGAGUAACGCCUAUUAAGAUAAUGAAUCUUCCAUUUAAAGCUAAUGUUAAUGAGAUUCUAGACUUUUUCCAUGGUUAUAGAAUCAUUCCUGAUUCAGUUUCAAUACAGUAUAAUGAGCAAGGAUUACCUACAGGGGAAGCCAUUGUUGCUAUGAUAAACUAUAAUGAAGCUGUGGCUGCUAUUAAAGACCUAAAUGAUAGGCCAGUUGGUCCACGCAAAGUUAAGUUAAUUUUGCUCUAAAGAGCAUUUCUAAAUUCAGAGUUACCUCCCCACGGUAUUGAUGCAGCAAAUGCAUUUAUGGUUUUUUUAAAGUGUUUAUUUUUAAUUACCUAGUGAAAAAUAUUUUAAUUUUGACCUGUGAAUAGAACAAAUGUAAAUAGAGUGUGAAUCUGGUUUUCUUUUGCUUGCAAAUUGCCGUUCACUUUUUCUAAUUUAAAAUUAUAUAUGCCUUUUUUUUUGGGACAGUGGGAGAACUAAUUCCCUGAGUGCAUUAAUUUUUGUUGCUAUCCUGGGUAAACCUCAAGACUUGUAUAAAGUAGAGCUGUAUUUGGGGAAGAUAAAUUUUAUAUUCACUUUUGUUCCCAUUCUGUAGUCUACAUCUUCUACUCACACUGUAUAAGGAAAUGGUCAGUGACUGAUUGUUCAGGUUUAGCAUUUUCAUUGCUAACUGCCUGCAAAAUUAAUGCCCUCUUCUUUGUCUGAGAUAUUACUGUGUUAAGCCUCCCAUUAAUAAUAAAUAGUUCAAAAUGGA